AUGAUACGUAAGAAAUUGACUGUGGCUGUAGUAACAGCGCCUCACGUGUUACAGGUAAAAAGAUUCGUCGAUGAAGAAAUUCAACUUACAGGAUUCGAUGGAGCGUAUCUUCAGAUGGUGUUAAGUGCUUUAGAUGUAGACUACGAGAUAGUUGAACCAUCUGACGGUGAAUGGGGUAGGAAAUUACCUGGUGGAAAUUGGACAGGCCUCGUAGGUAUGAUUCAAAGAGGAGAAGCAGAUUUGACUCUUGGUUCUGUUGCGUUUACAAGUGGGAGGAAGCAAGUCGUUGACAUGAGCACACCGUGUACAGUCUAUGGAGAAACUUUCGUCAUAGUACAUCCUGGACAUGAUAUUUCAAAUAUCGCCUAUUUGCAUGCUCUGGAUACGUAUUCCUGGAUUUGUAAUUUUUCUAUCCUGUUAAUUAUCCCAAUUUUGUUUUUCAUAAUAGUCCAUCGUAAGAUAUCGUUUGGUGACAUGUUCUUGGGAGCUCUUGGAAGUAUUCUGAAACAGCCUACGAUUGUAAACAAAAUGUUUCCGAAUUGGAAAUGGCUGCUCUGUGUUUGGCUCAGUUUUGUGACUGUAAUAUGUUUUUGUUAUACAGCAGGAUUAUCAGCAAUUUUAACGGUCCGCAUUCCUAAAGACACUAUAAAAACAUUUCAUCAGCUUGCUUUAGCUGUGAAGGAACGCACUCAUCGAGUUUAUAUAACAAAAGGCAAUUUUAUUGCUGAGUAUCUUGAGCUAUCUAACGAAGAUCAUCUACGAAUCAUCGGGGAAGAAAUAAUUCGAAAUGAAUGGUACUUUAGUAUUCAGGAUUCUGGAUCCGGUAAAUAUGUAAAUCAAUAUUCAGUAGAACUCGAGGUUAGACCUCAGCUGGAACUAUUUUAUGGAAAUCAAGCGGUUAUGAAAAAAUACAUAAUCAGUGAUGAUAAUGUUGGAACAACUCCAUUUGGAUUUCUAAUAAGUAGUAACUUUAGUUUCAAAAGCAAACUAAAUUCUAUCAUAUCUAGGGCAGCUAGUGCAGGAUUAUAUGACAAAUUCUUCAAAGCUUCUUCAUUGAAAGCUGGACUUUCAUCUGAAAUUGAAACUCCUGAAAACGAAAGACGACAUCAACUUUCUAUGCAAGCAUUAUCUGGGACUUUUAUGCUUCUCUGUGUGGGGAUGAGUUGUUCGUUUAUUGCGCUUCUUUUUGAACUUUUGUAUUAUAAUUUAUAUUAUCGUAUUAGGAUCAAUGUAAAUAAGUAA